UGUUCUGGCAUUUUGGCUGACAGUUGACUAAGUGGAUUGCUCAACAAGUUCAAUGUCAGAAUGUUACACACAACAGUAUCUCUAAUUGUGAAAGACGUGAAUGUUUCAUUCCCUUUACCCGUCGUGACAAACUAUCAAGGAUGGCAACUUAUCCUAGUAUUUUGAAGUAUUCACCAUUCAGUUCCUUGGUAGAGCCAAGUUUUUGGCAUAAAUUAGCCCAACUUAAAUUGGAUGUGGAUAGAUUGGAUGAAACAGAACGUAAAAUAUGGGGCAUGUAUCAUAUGACUCCAGUGCCAAAUCGAGUUUCACGGUUUAUUUUAGAUUGCACAGCAUUCAAUAGCGAUUUUAAUCAACCCCUUAACACCAUGGGUGCAUAUGGGGCCCUUUUGAAUAAAAAUACAAUAGAAUCAUUUAAAUCAACUGACAAAAUGGCAUUACUAAAGGAACAUGGCAUGAAAAUGGUAGAGAGUAUUAAGAGCGGAGAAGCCUUGAUGAACCCUGCACUAUUAACUAGAUUUCUACUUCUUACAUUCUCUGAUCUCAAGAAGUAUCGCUUUUAUCACUGGUUUGCUUUUCCGGCAUUUAGUGUUCCAAAUGCAAACAUCAAUAUUGUCAGUCCUCCAAGAAAACUCACUGAUGUAUUCACCAAUCACCAAUUACUAGCUCUUUAUGAGAAGUACUUCACUAUUCCAGAGUGGAAUCAAAAAGUUGCCUUUAUUUGUGAAGUGAACGAAUUAACUACGAAGUGUUAUUCUCUCACUGAGGUUAAAACACUGUUCAGCAAAUCUAAUAAUGCAAAAGUGAAUGAACUAUAUCUGGUUAUUUCAGAUCCUUCUACUCUGCCUCAGAACCCGGGAUGGACUCCACGAAAUAUAUUGCAUAUGCUAGCAUAUCAUUGCCCAGAUAUUUGCCAACAACACAUCAGAGUGAUCUGUUUACGUCUUUCUUGCCAAACACAAGAUGCUAGUUCUGAUCAAAGUCUUCUGUUUGAAGUUGUGUUGCCUUAUGUUAAUUUGAAUGAUGAUGAAUUUGUGGAAAGUUUACAAUGGGUAGGCUGGGAACGUCACCCCAACGGUAAAAUGGUUCCUCGAACAACAGAUUUAAGUGAGGAAAUGGAUCCUUCUCGACUUGCUGAAUCUUCAGUUGAUUUAAACUUAAAGCUCAUGAAGUGGCGCCUUGCUCCAAAAUUGGACUUGGACAUAAUUAAGAAAACCAGCUGCCUCUUGCUCGGAUCUGGAACUUUAGGGUGUGCAGUUGCUCGCACAUUAUUGGGUUGGGGUGUGCGAACAAUUACAUUAGUGGAUAAUGGUCGAGUCUCGUACUCCAAUCCUGUGCGUCAGAGUCUUUUUACACAUACUGAUUGCAUUAAUGGAGGCCGACCAAAAGCAGAAGCUGCAGCUGAUGCAUUACGGGCAAUUUUUCCAGGAGUUAAAGCCAGAGGCGUUCAGUUAACAAUACCAAUGCCAGGCCAUGUAGUAGGAGAAAGUAUGUAUGCUGAAGCCGCUUGCAGAGUUGAAAUUUUAGAAAAGCUUGUUGAAGAUCAUGAUGUGGUGUUUCUUUUAAUGGAUUCACGUGAAAGUCGAUGGCUCCCUACUCUUCUUGCGGCUAUUCACAAAAAAAUUACGAUAUGCUCAGCUUUAGGUUUUGAUACCUAUUUGGUUAUGCGACAUGGCGUGCUUCCAAAAAUGGAUUCAGAUGUUGAUAAUGAUAGUGCUGGUACUACUUCGGAAAAAAGUUCUAAUCUCGGAUGUUAUUUUUGUAAUGAUGUUACCGCACCUGGAAAUUCUCAAGUAGAUAGAACUCUGGAUCAACAGUGCACUGUUACUCGACCAGGAUUAUCCUUUGUUGCUGCUGGUUUGGCUGUUGAAUUAAUGGUGUCUUUGUUACAACAUCCAUUGAAGGCACAAGCACCUCCAGCAUGUGAAUCAGAUGCUGAGAGUGGCCCUUUGAGUAUUGUACCACAUUCGUUACGUGGGUUCCUGUCUCAGUUUACGCAAAUUUUACCUGCCAGCCCUCGUUUUGGAAAUUGUAUUGCAUGUUCUGAACAGGUUUUAAAUGAGUACUCUAAGCAUGGCUUCAAGUUCUUGUUGAAAGUAUUCAAUGAUCCCAAAUACUUAGAAGAUGUUGCUGGUUUAACAGAACUCCAUGAGCAAACAGAGGAAGCAGAAAUACUUAUGUGGAGCGAUGAUUCUGAAAUAGAAUGAAAGAGUAGUAUGGUCAUCACUACUUAUCCACAAACACAAACUAUCUUUCCUAAUCAUUCUUGUUGAAUGACUUUCUUCAGUUCUCUCAAGAAGCAUGCUCAAAUUGCAAAGCAAGUGCUUUAAUUAUGCAUCAUAUGAGACAGCUUGCAAAAUUGAAUGCAGCUUUUAUGUUCACUUGAAAUUCUGCUGCACUUUUCAAACAUGGAGGAAUAUCUAGCACAUGCUUCUCGUUUUCCUGGUCACAUCAGAUAGAUGGUUUGAAACAAAAGGCUAGUACAAAAAGUUUGUUACGAAAUUACAAUUUACUUAGAUGUGACUUGCUAUCACUAGUGAAUUAUUGUUCUCUUAUAAAUUAACUUGUGCAUAGCAAAUUUUUAAGAGCAGAGCUCUGUGUAUCAUAUUGGUGUAUAUAUAUUUUUACCUAAAGCUCGAAUUGAAUACUUUGUCAUCAACAUUAUUUCCAUGUAUUAUCAAUUUUGAAAUGUGAGAAUUAUCUGACUAUGUUUUCAUUCAAGGAAGACUACAAUUAAACAUUGAAAUUAUCAUUACACUUCAGCAAAUGGCAGUAAAAUGAAAAGAUACAAACGAAAGGAUGGGUGGGGGGAGAAAGAAAGAAAAUGAAAAAAUCUGUCAUGAAAAAAAUAUCUUGAUCGUUUUUCUUGAAAGCUAACUUACAGAUUUUUUGUAGAUGUUUUGUUGUAAGAUUAGAGUAAUCCUUUUUGCAUAUCAAUAUUAUUUUGUCAUCACUUUUGAAAUCAUGAAGUUAUGAAGUAUUUUUUUUAUAUUUUGUUGCAGUUGUAUACUGCUGAAUUGAAGGACCAAUUAAUUGUUUUCUAAUGAGUGUUGUUUGAGCUACAGUACUUCAUUAUUGAUUAAUGAAUAUACUGCUUGCUAUUGUUUUAAAUAAAAUAUGAAUAUUUAGACAUUU